AGGAAUUUCAACCUUCCAAAAUAUUUCAUCAGUAAAGACAGUGACAAAGCAUACGGAAGUUUCCUUCUAUACUUUCCCUGGCAUUCUUUUGUUUCUUACUCCAAUUCUAACUUCUCCUUCUCUCCAAAUUAUUACCAUUAUAAGAUGAUAUUGUAACUGCAAAACAGAGCAUCUUUCCAUACAUAUCUGAUUUUAUCAUUUACUCUUCAAAUCCCCCCCCCCCCCCAAUUUAUCUUUUCUUGCUCAUCAAACCACUCAAUUUUUAAGGGGAGAUGGAGGAGAGUGACUUCCCAUCAUCUCCUCCUAUGGAACCACAGAAGAUAACAGAGCCAUGUCACUCUGAAUCCUCAAGCAUCAUAUCUCUAAACUCUGAGGAAAAGCAAAGAGAAAAGAGAGUAAAUGAAGUAAAAGACAAACAGGUAGCAGAGGAGAACAAUAGUGAUCUCUUAUUAGAUCUUAGUCUCUCUAGCAACCAUACAGAUCAUGGGCAGAAGGCAGAACUCAAUCUUAUUGACUGCUUCAACAUGGGUUCAUCACAGAAUUCACCAGAUCAGUCUCCACAAGGUGGAGAAGCUGAACCAAGAGUCUUCUCUUGCAACUACUGCCAGAGGAAAUUUUAUAGUUCACAAGCACUUGGUGGGCAUCAGAAUGCUCACAAACGUGAGAGGACUCUAGCAAAGAGAGGACAGAGACUUGGAGCGGCGGCGGCGGCUUUCGGGCAUUCACCUUGUCACCGAUACUCAAGCUUGGCUUCUCUACCUCUACAUGGAUCAUUCAAUAGGUCUCUUGGCAUUCAGGUUCAUUCCAUGAUCCAUAAGCCAUCUUACUAUCCUACCUCUUCAGGUUCUCCUGGACAUCUUUAUGGACAUCAUGGAUGGUCUAGACCUCCAAUUGAUCAACAACCAGCAAUUGGGAGGCUAGCAGUAGAGGAUUAUCAUGUAGGACAGGCGGCGGGGCCGUCGUCGAGGAGUGCCGCCGCCCGGUUUGAUGCUGUUCGAAUGUCUGCUCCUACUGCUGAUGAGGGAAUUGGUGGGUAUUGGUGGGCAGGUAGUGGGCGUUUGAAGACCAACCAAGAGGAAUCACAGAAGCUUGACUUGUCGCUCAAGCUCUAAUAAGUAGUCCCUUUGAUUAAUUCCUUAGUUCCUCCAUUGUUUUUCUUGAUCUUUCUUCAUUUUUUUUUCUUUUUUUUUUGCUCUGAUUUUGGCUAUUUAGUAAGAAUAUUCUGUACAUUUUUUUAUUUUAUUUAUGUAGGAGUCUUUCACUCUUCAGGAAAAUUUUCUAUUAUUCUUGAAUUUGGAAGUUUUAAUUCAGAGACUGAUAGAUAGAUCUAAUUGAGAACUUGGACGCUUGUGUUGGU